AUUGCACUGGUCUACAUGAUCGUGUGCAUGGUGGGACUCGUAGGAAACUGCUUGGUGAUGUAUGUCAUUAUCAGGUACACCAAGAUGAAGACAGCCACCAAUAUCUACAUCUUUAACUUGGCUUUGGCUGACGCACUGGUCCUGGCCACACUUCCUUUCCAGGGCACAGAUGUGUUCGUAGGAUUCUGGCCCUUUGGCAAUACCUUGUGCAAGGCAGUGGUUUCCAUUGACUACUACAACAUGUUCACUAGUGUCUUCACCCUUACUGUGAUGAGCAUGGACCGCUAUGUGGCUGUGUGUCAUCCUGUUAAAGCUCUGGAUAUGAGGACACCCCACAAGGCCAAGGUGGUUAACAUAUGUGUGUGGCUACUGGCCUCUGCCAUUGGUGUGCCGGCCAUGGUGCUUGGAGAUGUUGAGUAUGACCAUGGCAUCGAGUGCAUCUUGGUCCUGCCGGACCCUCGCAGCUAUUGGGACCCAGUGUUUGGCACAUGUGUGUUCCUGCUCUCCUUCCUAAUCCCGGUGGCCAUUAUUAGUGUGUGCUAUAGCCUGAUGGUGAAGCGUCUGCGCAAUGUGCGUAUUUUGUCUGGUUCCAAGGAGAAAGAUCGCAACCUGCGACGCAUCACGCGCAUGGUGCUGGUGGUGGUGGCAGCAUUUGUGGUGUGUUGGACACCCAUCCAGAUUAUGGCACUUGCACAGUCAUUGGGUGUCAACCUGGGCAGUGUGCACACUGUGGUGCUUAUGCACUUCUGCAUUGCACUUGGCUAUGUUAACAGCAGCCUAAACCCAGUACUCUAUGCUUUUCUGGAUGAGAACUUUAAGCGCUGUUUCCGUGAGUUCUGCCAACCACCAUCGUCUUUCAGCCUGGAUGCGCAGCAGCAGUCAGGCCGCAUGCACAGUGUGGCACGAGAUGUUGCCUACAACUGCAAAACUACAGAGGGAAACAGUAAUGCUGCAUGACUAGGCGUGGAGCUGCCCCUGGUCAGCCCGGAAGAGCCACCAAAUCCAGGGACAGGACACUCUAACUCAGAGCUCACUCAGAUCACUGUUCUCUAGCACUGUCUAGGGGUGGAGGAAUGGGAAGGACAAGGAUGGGAUCAAAAUCAAUGACACACCUAAUCUUGGGGACAAAGGGGCUCACUUUUUAUUCUUGUGCAGAUUAGGUAUUGAUGUCUUCACAUGUUGCUUGAUUUUCUUUAAACAUCAUCUCUUUGCUAUUUGUUGGUGACACUAAAGAGAUGGUUUUGAGUAUGUCCAGAAUUUGGUAUUUAUUCUGAUGGGCCUAUAUUGCCUUAAAUAGAUUAUAAACUCUGGGAAAGUUAACUUGAAAACUGAGUGUCCUGGAUGGAGCUUAACUCACAUGCUUUUGAAAUGAUUACCUUCCAGUUAACCACAUUCCAUUUAAAACAUACAAAACAGAGACUAAACUGUUAAAUCCAGAUGUUUGUUUAUUUUAAAAUGCUAUGUUUCCUGUUUGAUCUUUAACAAAAAGAGAAAAAUAUAUAUUGCAUUGUUUCAUGGCAGUUUUAUGCUCUAGCAUAAUUUGUACAGAAUGUAAAAAUAUAAUUUAUUCAGUGUUAUAUUAAUCGGUGCAUACAAAGAAGUUAAUUAGCAUGAGUCUUAGUAUUCUUACAGUAAUCUGUCAACCAUACCUCUGAUAUCCUUGAAUGUUUUGAGUGUACCCAGCAUCGUGGUUUGCUACCUCGUGUUAUGGUGAGUCAGAAACAAGGAGUAAGCUUUCUCAUCAGUUUACAUCACUGACCGCUGAAUGUCAAAUGACUUUUUAAAGAAGCCAAAAAAAGUUAUAAAUAGGUAGAAAGGUUCUCUUUUUAGUAGUCUGGAAAAGACAUUGUAAACUUAAAAGCUUCUUCAUGUAUGCUGUAUUUAAUGUUGUAAUGAUCUGUUUACUUGCUGAAAUGUAAUGGUUUACUUGUUUAUUUAUGGAAUUAUUUAUUAAUUAAGAGAUUUGUUAGACAAACAGAUGCUGAAGCUGUCAUGUCUGUUAUCACUUUGGAGUCUAAACAAUUACUAUAUUCUGACGCUAAUAUUGGAAAUUCUAUAUAUUCUUUUUCUCUAUGUGUGCAUUAAAU